UUGCCUGCUUGCACGCCAGGUGCUUGUGUUUAUUCCCGUCUGUUCAACUGCGUCCUAACUUGCUGGAGUAGGUAGCUAAUGCACGCUCCCUAAUCGAGCUCAAGAGCCAUGUCACUCACGCUUGCUUGGCCAUGCCCUGUUCCGUUGCACUGCGAUGUGGGACAGAGUCAUAAAGAAAUGGGUCUCUCAAGUGCUGUGCAAUCCAAACCCGGAGCGUGGUGGAAAGUGAAAAGACGAGAGGUAAUCGAGUAAAUAUGGGUCAGAUUCCUAUAGAAAAGCAAAAGAUAGAGAGGAGGGCAUCAGUCUGUUUCACAAACACGGGAGGAAUGUAGCAGUACUAAUUAAUUGCCUCCAGCACGCAAGGCACAUCAACAUCAAAAAGCAACAUACAUCGCACCCCAUUCCAUUGGUAAGCUCUAGCCUUGAUUAGAGGAUGAUUUUCUUGCCUCACCUGUGACCCCCAGACCCAGAGAAAUAGUGGAAAAUAACCGCCGACCUCGAGGGGACGAGGAAGCCAAGGCACUGCAUGCAUGAGUCUCUCAAGUGCUGUGGAAUGGUGGGAGGAGUGGCAGCUGCGCAUCCUCGUCUUGGGCAGCCUCUUCCUCCAGUGGCUCCUCCUUACUUUGUCUGCCGUGCGUAAGCUUGCUAUUCCUUCCUGGUUCAGGUCCCUAAUAUGGCUUGCAUACCUAGGCAGCGAUGCUCUAGCCAUAUACGCCAUGGCUACCCUCUUUAGCCGCCAGAUGAAGCAGGAUCAUGGUUCUGUCCACAGCAAUAGCAUCCUGGAGGUAGUUUGGGCUCCCGUUCUCCUGAUGCACCUUGGUGGUCAGGACGGUAUAACCGCCUACAACAUCGAAGACAACGAGCUGUGGACGAGGCACGUCCUCACUGCCAUCACCCAGAUCACGGUGGCCAUCUAUGUGUUCUGCAAAUCAUGGCCAGGCGACGACAAGAGGCUGCUGCAGGCAUCAAUCUUGCUCUUUGUCCCGGGGAUCCUCAAAUGCCUAGAGAAGCCUUGGGCUCUCAAGAGCGCUAGCUUCAAUAGCUUGGCCAGCUCAUCCGAGCCUUAUCGCCAUCUAAAGAGGAUGGCAUGCCCGUAUGCAUUAUUUCAGAAGAUGACACAGAUGCUUGCCGAUAAGCAACCAAUGGCGAUGCUGCAGGCGCGCAAGUUUAUUGAUGUUGCCUUUCCAGAGUGGGUGAGCCCAUCUGCUCUCCGUUUGAUGAUUUCAAGCAAGACUGGCAAGGACAUUACGCUUGAAGACUAUGUGCGAGAAGCAAGGGAUUAUGUCCUGGGCAAUGGUCAUCCUCAAGCUAGAGGAAGAGGCGCCACAAUUGACCUUGAGCAUAACCAGACUCCUCAAGUUCAAGGAGAAGACGAUACAGCUGAGCCCAACCUUGUUCCUGAAGCCCGGGUAUUAAGCGAUGAAGAAAAGCGCAGAAUCCGUAAAAAGAUAUUAGGCGCUGAGGCCCGUAAGUUAUUUGUAGACCUUGCAUCAUCAUAUCGUGAUCGGCUAAGUAUCCUGGAAACUUUCCUGGUGCAUGAUGCUAAUAUGGCAUAUGAAUCAUUGCAAGAAGGGCUGUAUGAGACUUUUGGUCUUCUCUACACAAAAGCAAAGAUGGCACACAUCACAGAAGUUUCACUGAUGCAAAAAAUUUCUAAUAACAUACGGGAAGCAACUAUGUACCUGUCAUUUGCAGCAAUCGGUCUCUUCCACAAGAGUCACAGAGAAGCUUACAAUAUUAACGAUGUCAAGGUUACAUAUGCCUUGUUGUGUUGUACUGCUGUGCUGGAGUUAUUUUCCCAGUUUGCAGAUAGGAUUAAGCUGACAUCUUCUGGCAUGGUUGCCCAAUAUAGCCUUGUAGGUUUCUUUGCCCGCAACAAAAGGCACAGCAAGAAGAUGCACAUCCUUAGUUCCUUCAAGUGCAAGGACUUUCUUGACCAGCGUUGGUGCAUGGAGUCAUGCCCCUCAUCUUCCAGAAUUACAGAGUUGGUUCUUGGACAUGUGAAAGGUUGGUGGAAGGAACACAUAGUAGAUGCCGCCAGUUACAGGAGGUUCAAUGAUCACAGGGGCCAAUGGACUAUACAGCAUACAGGAUGCUACCAAGAUCUGGCAUGGAGUGCAAACAAGCCAUUUGAUGAGAGUGUCCUUCUGUGGCACAUCGCAACAGACAUGUGCUUUUUCCAAAACGGUGUUCAAUCAGUUAGUCAGGAAAAGGCCACAGGGUGCAGAGAAAUUUCCAACUACAUGAUGUACCUAUUGUUUGUCAAUCCUGAGAUGCUAUUGCCUGGCACGAGGCGAAAUCUGUUCUUGGAAGCUAAUGCUGAACUGGAGGAGAUCCUCGAGGAUGAUAAGGCAUCACUCAAGGCCAUCCUCAAUGGCGAGAAGCCAUCGCUCAUGGAGAUCCUCAAGGGAAAUAAGCCAUUCCCUCAGUUCCUGAAGGAAAAAGGGCCAUCACCUGAGGAGAUUGAAAGAGGAUUUAUGGGCAGAAUAAUCGCCAAGUUGGAGUCCUUGAAAUGCAGAGAAACAGAUCCAGGAUGCAUAGAAUCGCCGACGGUUGAAGAGCAGUGUCCAGCACAAGAAGGUUUUAUCCAGGAUGCCUGGAAGAUUUCUGAAGUUUUGUUGGCUUUGGAUGAUAAGAAGAUGUGGGAAGUGAUUGAAGGUGUGUGGGUGGAGAUGCUCUGCUUCUCUGCCAGUAGGUGCCGAGGGUUCCUGCACGCCAAGAGUAUGGGCACCGGCAUAGAGUUACUCACUUAUGUCUGGUUCCUUUUGUCACGCAUGGGGAUGGAGACCUUGCCGGAGAGGCUGCAGAGGACGGAGCUUUCAAGUGGAGAAGGAUAUGCCGGCACCACUCCAUCGACUUCCCAGAUAUAUGGGAUCCAAUAUCCAACACGCUUCAGACGCUCGAAGCCUCAUGAAGAAGCUGCUGCUGAUGCUGCUGGCGCAUCUACCUCUCACCCCCAAGAAAUCCUACAAGCUGAUUAAUCUGAGAAAUUACUAUAUCCGUAUCGAUUAUGCAUGGAGACAAUCUCAUGUCUGUAUUACUCGUAUGCCGUUUGGUUCCAUCUUUUCUUGAUUUGCAGCAGCUGCUCCUUUGUGCGGAGCUUAAUGCAUGCGUAGCAGUCUGUUCUUGUGUUGUUGGAACUGUCAGAUUACCCUCUUAUCCCCACAGCGAUCAUGUCUGUAAUAUGAAUGCUCCAUGUUGAACUCUGUAGCAUGUUUGUAAGAGUGGAUUUGAUGUGAUAGUCAUUUGGACAAUCGCUUA